UAUAUUAUACAAGGACGUUAUUUGAGAAACCUCAUUCAAGAUUUGGUGGUUCAUUCAAGAACACACCUUCAAAGAAAAAGAUUGCAAAAACUAGAAUGAAGAAGACAAUGGAAGAUUCAAGCAAGAUCAUGAGAAGAUCAAUCCACACUUUCCUCCAAAACUACCACCAUGCCACCACCGCAGCCGCCAUUGUCCUCCCUUUCUCUGCCGCUCUCCUCCUCUCUCAAGCCUUCUUCUCUUAUUCUUUUUCUUCCUCCUCCUCCUCAUUUCACAUGAGGCUUAACACUCUCUUCCACGGAGCGGGUUUCACUUCUUCACUUGACUUCUUCAACACGUUAAGCAUUAAACUCUCACAAACCCUUUCUUCAUCUCUACUCACUCUCCCUUUCUCCCUCACCUUCUUCCUCUUCUCCAAAGCUUACGUCAUCAAACUCCUUUCAAACAAGCACGACUCUUUUUAUUAUUACCUUCCUCUUCUCAAAACCUACGUUUGUAACUCUCUCUUCCUCCUCUCGGCAAACGCCUCUGCUUUUGCUCUGUUCUUCUACAUAGCAUCCUUUGGAUUCUCUUCAAGAAACGUCUACACUCUAUUCACCUUAGCCUCAGCCAUUAUCUACUCGAUCAUCCUCGCAAACGCCUAUGUCGUCUCCAACUUAGCCUUGGUUUCAUCAACAUUCUCUCCCUCCUCAGGAGGAUACACAACAACAAUUCUCAAGGCGUGUCUUCUCAUUCGUGGAAGAGCUUCAACAGCAUUGGCACUUGCUCUGCCUACUAAUCUCGGCCUAGCAGGAGUAGAAGCCUUGUUUCAGUACAGAGUAGUGAGGUCUUAUUACAAAGAGGACAGGGAUGUGACUUUGAUAGCUCUCGAAGGAACGUUCAUAGCUUACUUAUACGCUCUCUUCUUGGUUCUUGACACCGUAGUCAGCUUCCUCUUUUACCAAAGCUGCGUCAAGAACGAUGAGGAUCAGAAGAAAGGUAGGGAAGAUGAGUACUCUAUCAAGAUCCAAAUAUGUGGAACAUAUGACAUGAAGAUAUGCAUCAAAGGUCCAAAAUGUUUUCAAGAAAUCUUGUGAUUUCGUGUUUUGGUUUGAUGUAAAUUAUUGAUAAAGAACCAAGAAAGGAGGUGACAAACUUUUUAGA